AGUUGUGCCCGGCCGGGUCCCUGAAGCGCCUCUCCUUGACCAGAGAAGCGUAGCCGCUCCCUUUCGGAGCCGCCCUCCGCGAUACGAACAAGCGGGCGGGAAGCGGAGUGCGCUUCUCGAGGCCGGCCAGAAAGCAGGCGGGGAGCGAAAGGUCUAGCAAAGAGAUCAUAAUGUCUUCAGAUGAAUUUAAGGCUCUGUCACAAGAUGAACUCCGAAGAAGACUAUAUCAGACAUUUAAGAACCGAGGUGUUUUGGAUGCACUUAAGACACAGCUUCGAAACCAGCUCAUACAUGAUCUAAUGAAUCCCAUUUUAAGUGGAAAAAUUCAGCCACAAGCUGUUUCUAGUGAAUGCAGUUCAUUGUUAAUUGGUGCUUCUAACAGUCUGGUGGCAGAUCACCUGCGUAGAUGUGGCUAUGAAUAUUCACUGUCUGUCUUCUAUCCAGAAAGUGGAUUAGAAAAGGAUAAGGCGCUCACCAUGCAAGAUUUACUACAGCUGAUAAGGAUCAAUCCAAAGACUGAUCUUUACAAAGCACUGAUUUCAGCUUCAGAAAAAGAGAAUACAAAAGGCUUUCUUGUACAGAUAUUAACUGAACUGAUAGACCAUAGCCUGCAUAAGCAGAUUUGCAACACAGAAACUCAGACCAGUCCCACACCUGGUAAAGAAUCUCUUGCCGAGAAACUUCAACUGAUUGAUGAACAGUUUGCAGACAUGUAUCCUCAGUGCCACAAAUCUGAGUCGUUUGAAGUAAAACUUGCUGAAUAUAGAAAAGAAGUAGAACAGCAGCUUCAAGAGGAAAUGUCUCAGAAGUUGCAACACUUCAAAGAGGUUGAAAUAGCCAAAAUUAAGAUGGACGAGAGAGCACAAUCCCAGAAAGAGAUUUCAGAGCUUCGUAGAGAAUUUGAAAAAGUUCACAGAGCCAAGUCAGAGGCUCUGAGUUCUCGAGAAAGAAAUGCUAUUGAGAGGCUUCAGAAGCAGCAAGAGAUUGAUGCAAGGGAAAUUUAUCUGCAAAGGCAAAGCCUGCUGAAAGAUAUUGAAACAGUAAGAUCCCGAGAGGCAGAACUGAAGCAGAGAAUAGAAGCUUUUGAAUUAGCUCAAAACCUUCAAGAAUCAAAAAAUAAAACUGUAGAAGAUGCACUUCGUCAUCGAGAGGUAACUGUGAAGAACAUUGAAGAGACUUACGACCAGAAGCUAAAGAACGAACUCCUAAAGUAUCAGCUUGAACUAAAUGAGGAAUAUAUCGCUAGAACCAAGAAAAUUACUGAAGAUGAGAAAAGAAUUAAAGAUAAAGCUGUGCUUUUGCAUGAAGAGACCAUUUCUCUUAAUUCAAAAAAGCAGGAAUUCGAACAUGCUGUAUCACAUUCAAAAGAGCUUGAGCUGGAACUAGAUUCAGUCAAGGCUCAAGUUUUAUUAUUAAGCAAGCAAAAUCAGUUGAUGACAAAAAAACUGGAAGAAGUCUCAGAUUAUCCAACACUAAAAGAAGAGAAAAUGGAACUUCAGGUGCAGAAUAAGCUACUCAAACAACAGUUGGGAGAGGCGCACAAUGAAAACUUGGAACUUCGAGACAAGUUGAGUCGUCCAUCAGCUGAAUAUUUGGUCCUUGAGGCAGAGCUGAAAAGAGCAAAACAUGCUAGGAAGCUUGAAGGUGAAGAAUGUGACACUCAUAAGCAACUCUUGGAAAAACAGUUACAAAAUGAGAUUGAACAUUGUGUACAGCUGAAGACUCAGUUGUCGGAAUGUGAAAAUACUAUCGGGAAGUUAAAUGCACAAAUGGAAGACCUUAAGUUACAACUGAAACAGACGCAGACAGCGUUAGAGAAUGAAGUGUAUCGGAAUCCAAAGCCCUCUUUGGUUGAUCGUUCUGUCAUUGACUUGUUUGAUGACAAGACUGUACCUCCUGAUAUUUAUAUAGAUGGUGCUUUCCUGAAAACACGGCCAAUGGCUGAUACUAUUGGAAUGGGAAAUGGUACAAGCCCCAGACAUCAUCACCACCUUUUGAAAUCUAACACUUCACAAGAUUCUGAUUUAGAAUUUGUAGCUAAUACAAAGGCUAGAAUAAAAGAAUUGGAGAGAGAAGCUGAGUAUUUAGAAGAGGCCUACAGGAAUUACCAAUACAGAGCCAUUCAAACCACAGCUGGCCCAGCAAAAACCACAUUCUCUUCACCUAUGGCAAGUAACUUUACCAUGGCAUCUCGCCAAAGACUUUGGUUUGCACAGGAUGAUCUAUAUCCCCAAGAAUUACCCUUUCACUGCCAAAAAAGUAAAAGCUAUAGAUGGACACCAGGAAAUGGGGAUCACAUGAAAGAUCAUCUAACCCCUCCACGGAAGAAGUCUACUUCUAGACGUCUGUCUUCUACUCCUGUUUCCAAAGCAAAGAGAAAUAUUAGUAGCAAGCUGCUUUCUGAAGAUACAGUUGCCUCAUCUUUUGCUGCCCCUCAUCAGAAUGCAGACCAACCUCUCUCCCCCAUUCAAAGAACAGGCAACCUUUCAUCUCCUGAACAUGCUUCUGAUAUAUCAGUUUCUUCUUCCCCAGCCUCCUGCAAACAAAAACUAAGUCUUCAUCAGGAGCAAGGUGAAACUCAAGGUGUUAGUGACUCUGCAAAACCUGAGAAGCUCCUGUAUAAAGACCUUGGAAAUGACAACUCUGACCUUGGAAAUGAUGAGUCUGCCAGUAAAUAUCAAGAGGACAUUCCAGAACAGCUCGAAAGCGAUGCGUCACAUCCAUCUCACAUUGUUAGUGGAAGCCAUGUUCCAGCUACUGUGCCAGCAGCGGGCACUUCACAGCAGGACAUAAGUGGAGCAGAAAUAACAGCCCUGGAGAAACAAAGGCAUCCUGAAGAACAGGAGGAGGAGGAGGAGGAAGAAGAGGAGGAGGAGGAGCAGCAGCAGCAGCAGCAAAAAUGGGAAGAGAGGGAAGCAAAAAGGCAGCAAGAGAGGCAGGACACUUUGGAAAGAGAGCAAGGAGAACUGGAAAAAACAAAUGAAGAAUUGUGUAUGCAAGUGUCAGUGGAAACCGAGAAAAAGCAUGAAGAUGUGGCAGAUUUGGAAACGAUUAUCUCAAAGUCUGAAGAGCAUGGUGGUGAUGCUGUUCCUAAUCCACUGGAAAAAUACAUGAAAAUAAUACAGCAGAAUCAGAAGCAGGAGUUUGCAAAUGAGGACUUCAAGAAAGAAACUGAAGUAGUGUCUGAGAAACUCUCAGGCAGUGGAAAGGAGGACAGCUUUAGUGCUGCAGCCACUCUUCAUGGAGAGCCUGAUGAUGAUUUCUGGUGAAUAUCGAUUAGCAAGGGGCUACCUGACCAGAGAAGUGGACUUCUUUUUCAUCAGAGGAAGCACCACAAACUAGGGUGAGAUUCUGAACGCUGGAAUAUUGCCAUCUGCAUAAUUCAAGAAGAACAUACUAAAAGUGAAACAUUGCUGUUUGUUGGCACAAAGUUCCUAUCAGUGCUACAGAAACAAUGUUUCAGAGAAUUGCUUCCUACCUGAACAACCAAUUUUACAUGUUUAUAAUAUGCCAGUACAAUAAAGAUAGCUUUUUAUAGAGGCAGUGGGGGAAACAAUCAAAUCAGGUUGGUUUACCUUGUUUAACAAAUGAAUAUUUUUAAAAAAUAAAGCAGCAGUCAUAGAAAA